AUGGCACCGGAACACAGCAAGCAGCAGCCAGUUGCCAUCGUUGGCAUGGCAUGUCGCUUGCCUGGCGAUGUCACGAACUCGGACAAGCUAUGGAAUAUGCUGUCUGAAGGCCGCGCUGCCUGGUCCCGGUUUCCGGAGAGCCGCUUCCAGGAAGAUGCCUUCUUUCACCCGGAUAGCAAGAAGAACGGAGCAUUCCACACUCAGGGAGGCCAUUUCCUCGAAGAGGAUAUCUCACGCUUUGAUGCUCCGUUCUUUAAUAUCAGUCCUGCAGAGGCAAAGGCCAUGGACCCUCAGAUUCGACUACUAUUAGAAUCCGCCUAUGAAGCCUUCGAAAGCAGUGGCAUGACCUUGGAUCAACUCCGAGGAACAGAUACAGCUGCCUAUGUGGCACUCUACAACCGAGAUUAUGAAAGAAUGCUUAUGCGCGACCCCGAAGAUCUCCCCUUUUACUUCCAGACUGGCAAUGGCGAGGCGAUGUACUCAAACCGACUCUCCUACUUCUUCGAUCUGCACGGACCCUCUUUCACCCUAGACACAGGCUGCAGUGGCGGCCUCGUGGCAUUGCACCAGGCGUGCCAAAGCAUCCGCAACGGCGAAAGCAGCCAAGCUAUUGUUGGAGCGCCGAACCUGAUCUUGGAUCCAGCAGGCAUGAUCGGACCUAGCUUACUUCAAUUCUAUGCACCAGACGGCCGCAGCAAAUCUUUCCAUGACUGUGCUGAUGGAUAUGGUCGUGGCGAAGGUGUGUGUGCGCUGGUAUUGAAGCCCUUAUCAGCGGCAAUUGCAGAUAGCGACCCUAUACGGGCUGUCAUCAGGAGCUCGGUCAUCAACCAGGAUGGCCGCACCCCGGGAAUCACUGUUCCCAGCGGAGAGGCCCAGAAAUCCCUGAUACGUGCGGCGUAUGCUGCUGCUGGAUUGGAUCCAGCUGAUACUAGCUACGUUGAGACUCACGGCUCGGGCACCGCCGUCGGAGAUAUGACGGAAAGUCGCUCCAUUGGGGACGUCAUCGGCAAGGCUAGAGAAGCGCAGGGCCGUGGUCCAGUGAUCAUGGGCUCUGUUAAAGCCAAUAUUGGUCAUUUGGAAAACACCAGUGGCUUGGCCGGCGUGAUCAAAGCCGUGCUUGUUCUAGGCAAGGGGAAAAUUCCACAAGCUGUAAACAUGGGGCGUCCAAGUCGAGACAUCCAAUGGGAUACUUGGAAUGUGGAUAUCCCAACCGAAGCAAGAGAGCUGGACUGCUCGCAGGUCUCAGUCAAUAGCUUCGGGUUCGGUGGCACGAACGUCCAUUUGAUUCUUGACAGACUGCAAGAGAAGGAUCAUGCCUGUGCUUUCCCAGAAGACCGAUCCGGAUCACUCAUAUUUGUUCUAUCGGCGCAUUCGAGCCAGUCCGCGCGUCUCAGAGCUGAGCAGUUACGGGAAUAUCUAGAGCAAGCGGAGCCAAGCAGAGAAGGACACUUCCUCAAUUCUCUGGCCUAUACGCUCUGCACUCGUCGUUCGCUCUUUUCCUGGAGAGCUGCUGUCGUAGCUAGCUCGGCGUCUCAACUCCGUGAGCGCCUGCGCUCUAUCAACUAUUCGCAUCAUAAAGAGCCACCUCGGAUCGGCUUCGUCUUUACCGGCCAAGGGGCUCAGUGGGCUACUAUGGGCAAAGAUCUUUGGGACAACAGCGCAGUUUUCCGUGAGUCCAUUGCAGCUGCAGAGAAAUGCCUCAACGAUCUUGGAGUCCACUGGAAGCUCACAGACGAGCUGUGGAAGUCCGCCAACGAGACCGGACUCAAUAGUGCGAUUAUUGCGCAGCCAGCAUGCACAGUUAUCCAACUGGCAUUAGUUGACCUCCUGGCUUCCUGGAACAUCUACCCUAACGCUGUGACCGGCCACUCAAGUGGCGAGAUUGCUGCUGCGUAUGCAUGCAAGGCCAUAUCAUUCCGCGACGCGGUUCUUGCUGCGUACGCGCGAGGCUGUGCAGCAGGCCAGAUUGCUGCGGAUAACAGCGUCAGGGGUGCGAUGAUUGCUGUUGGUUUAGGACCGCACGACGUGCAGCCGUAUAUCACUGCUUCUUCUGGAGGCGACGGCCUUGCUGCAGUUGCUUGCAUCAAUAGUCCGGAAGCGGUCACAGUCUCCGGCGAUAAGACCGCUAUUGACACAUUGGAAACGAAACUGCAAGAAGACGGCAUCUUUUCUCGCCGACUACCAGUAGAUGUAGCCUAUCAUUCGUACCACAUGCUGCGCAUUACAGGUCAAUACCACGAUGCUCUUGCUACCAUGGAACCGGCACGUUCCAAUCCGGCUAUCUCGUUUUGUUCCAGUGUGACUGGGAAAGUGGCUGAUGGAACCGAGCUGGGUCCCCAGUACUGGGUACAUAAUCUGGUCUCGCCUGUUCUUUUCUCUACUGCACUAGAGAAGCUGGUAUCCUCGACCUCACCUCACGUUUUGAUUGAGAUCGGUCCACAUGCAGCAUUGAAGGGUCCAGUCAAGCAGACCCUUAAGACUGGAUCGAUAGAGGUCUCGUAUACUUCAACUCUGCUCCGCCAUAAGCGUGCAGAUGAAUGCAUGACCGAGCUCGCUGCCGAACUCUUGUCUCGGGGUGCGGAAAUCGAUAUUGACAAGGUAAAUUCAAUGUCUAAUUCUACGCAACACCGUGCAUGCCUUGAGGACCUUCCCACUUAUCCAUGGAAUCAUUCGUCGGCUUUCUGGCAUGAGAGUCGCCUGAGCCGUAACUAUAAAAACCGAACAGGACCACCGUACAAUCUCCUUGGAGUACUCAGCCCGGAGUCGAGCUGGCUGGAACCUCAAUGGCGGAACCAUAUCAGCCUCACUUUACAUCCGUGGCUGGCGGGCCAUAGGAUUCAAGGGGAUGUAGUCUUCCCUGCAGCGGCCUUCCUGACGAUGGCUAUUGAAGCAGGCUUCAAGAUGGCAAUGCAACAGCUCGGGGAGCGCCAGCCUCGGCCGGAGGGCUCUGUCGAACUAAGCCAGGUUUCGAUCAGCAACAGGCUGAUUAUUCCAAGCUCCGGAUCUGUUGAAAUCAUAUUCAUCCUACGACCAGCCACCGAGCUCGGCGGACGAGACCUCGCGCGUCGCCAGGAGUUCGUCAUCUACUCCUGCUCCGACGCAGUGAACGUGGCAGAACACUGCCGUGGAUUCGUGAAAGUUGCCUUCGAUGACACCAAGUCAUCGACAACCCUAUUGGAAAGCCAAUUCGAUAAAGCCACACUCCCCCCAGUUCGCCUAGGCGGAUGGUAUAACGGCCUGAAGCAAGUUGGCAUCGAGUAUAACGAUCUAUUUCAGGGACUGGCCACCGCACAUGCAGGACGUGGGUAUUCCAGCGCCACAAUCACGUCUUUUCCACCUGCCGAAUAUAGUGCCAGCCUUCACCCUGCCACCUUGGAUUUGUGCUUGCAGACAAUGCUUGUGGCAAUAGACGCUACGGACUCUAUCCGGGGUCCUAUCAUGCCAACAUCAAUACAAAGAGCCUGUGUGAGCGUGGGUCGCCCAACCAGUAGUGAAAACUGCAUGCGGGUUUCUUCGAAGGUGACGAAGCUUUCCGAGCAAAAGCUUUUGGCCGAUAUCCAGGGCACCAGGUCCGAUGAAAGUGGAGAAAAUGCAACACUGGCCCUCUCAUUACAAGGCUUGGAGGCCACGUCACUGAGCCUUCCGUUUGAUCAGGGCGAGCAGGAUCUUGACCAGGUGAAGGCGUGUCAAAAGCUUGCUAUGAUGCUUGACCCAGACUACCUGAGCAACGAAUCGGUCAAUGAGAUCUGCAAUGGACCCCUGCCUUCUGUCUCCGUACAAGUCAAGCUAACAAACCUGCGUGAUGCAUGCCGCAUCUACGCGCAAGCGACCAUGAAGGAAAUUUCCGAUGAUGAUUUGCAGCGCAUGACGCCUUUUAGAAAGGAGUACAUGGGCUGGUUGCAAAGGCAAGCUGAUCUAUGUCCACGUGAUGUUUCAGCGGAUCUUCUGAAACAGCUGAAAACAUCGGACGCAGAAGGGCAGAUGGUCUGUCGCGUGGGAGAUAGUCUGACAGCUAUCCUCAAGGGCUUACAAGACCCUCUUUCUCUGAUGGUCGAGGACAACCUUCUCUAUCGCCUGUAUGAGGACGACCACAGCAUGCAAAGAUGUGCCAUUCAAGCUGCAGAAUACUCCCGCUUGUUGGCCUUGAAGUCCCCCGGGCUGCGUAUCCUCGAGAUUGGUGCCGGGACUGGAGGAGCCACCCUUCCUGUACUGGAAGCUCUGAACAGGUCGGGCCAGGCUCUGUGCUCUCAUUAUCGUUUUACCGAUAUCUCUGUGGGUUUCUUUGGCAAUGUUGAGAAGAAGCUAGAAAGGUGGCAAAGGCUUGUUCAAUACCAGAAGCUGGACAUUGAGAAGGAUCCUGGCCAACAAGGAUUCGAGCCAGCGGACUUUGACCUUGUGAUCGCAGCUAACGUUCUUCACGCUACCACUUAUAUUGAUAAAACCGUCCAACAUGUCCGGCAAUUACUGAAGCCGGGAGGAAAGUUACUACUCCUCGAGAGCACACAGCCGACUGUCCACCGCUCAUUUGUCUUCGGUCCGCUCCCUGGUUGGUGGUUAGGAGCCACGCAGCGCAACAAGGACAGCCCAUUGCUGAACGAACAAGAAUGGGACCAAACGCUUCGAACCCUGGGAUUCAGCGGUCUAGACUCGAUCCUACAUUCAUAUCCAGACGUGGAAGAUCAAACUGAUAGUCUGAUUAUUUCUACGGCCAAGCCCAAGGACACCCAUUCAAUUAAUGAGGCUACAUUGGCCUUGGUGUUGACACAUGAUCAGUUAUUAAAUCAGGGUCAGGGUCUAGAAUACCAGGUUGCCCAACACAUUUCUUCCAAUCUGUCUAUCAAUAUAGAUAUUCUCUCACUUGGAGACAACCGAUUACAUGACCGAACGUGCAUCAUGUUGACCGAUUUGGACGGGCCGUUGCUCAGCAAUUUGGAGCAGACGUUCUUCAAGCAAUUGAAACACACCCUAAAGACAGCCCGUGAAGUCAUUUGGGUGACACAAGGAGCGACAGACCAAAGCCAAAACCCAAUGUCGAAUUUAGUACCAGGGCUGGCACGGGUGCUGAGAAAUGAGAACCCUCAUGUUCCGAUCGUUACCAUUGACCUGGAUCCAGAAUAUCAGACACAACCCCAGGAGAUGGCAAUAAAGGUUUCGACCUUUGUGGGACAAUAUACUGCCAAUCCACGAAAGGGUAGCAUGGAAUGGUGCGAACGCAAAGGGAAUUGGUUUGUUCCUCGUUUGGUUGAGGACACAGCCACGACCCAAUUUGUUCGUUCUCACUCUGUGACUUGUCCGCCUAAUGUGGCUCAACUAGAACCAUUUUACCAAGAGAGCCGACCUUUACGUCUAAGUGCGAGGAAUACAGCAGGCUUGCAGGGAAUAUCAUUUACUGAUAAUCCUGGUCUCGACGAACCUCUUUCUCGGGACGAACUUCAGAUUGAGGUCAAGGCCUCUGGGGUCAACUUCCGGGACAUCAUGGUGUCUUUAGGACAGAUGCCGGAUGAAGAUGUUGCAGAAGUCGCUGGCAUUGUUACAAAGGCUGGGCGAGACUCGCAGCUCGAAUUCUCGCCAGGGGAUAGGGUUUACACAUGGCACGUGCCUCGAUUUGCCAGCCACCUCCGGUGUUUCUCGUCUAACGUCCAGCGCAUUCCGGCGGGUGUCUCCUUUGAACAGGCAGCAUCUAUCCCUAUUAUAUACUGCACGGCUUAUCAUUGCCUUAUUACAGUGGCGCAAGUGCGUCCUGGUGACACGAUAUUGAUACACUCUGGUGCCGGAGGAGUCGGUCAGGCAGCCAUUAUUCUUGCGCUGUAUCUGGGAGCAACGGUCUUCACGACUGUUGGCACAGAUAAGAAGAAACAGCUGCUCAUCGAUCAUUAUAGCCUCCCUGAGUCUCAUAUCUUCUCCAGCAGGUCGACUAGAUUCGUCAGCCAGAUCCAUGCAGCGACUAAAGGUCGAGGCGUGGAUGUCGUCCUGAAUGCUCUAUCAGGUGCUUUCUUGCAGAGCUCUCUCGAUGUAUUGGCUCCACUUGGUCGAUUUGUAGAGAUUGGCAAAAGCGAUAUCCUUGCUCAUGCUCGCCUUGAUAUGAGCACCUUUUCACGCUCAAUAACCAUCUCGGCCGUGGAUCUCGUUCAGCUGAUGCGAGAAAAGCCGCAAUACAUGGCAGAUGUCUUUGCUCGAGUGCACGAGAUGCUAGCUGGGCAUCAGAUCAGGCCUGCGCAUCCUCUCACGGCUUUCCCGAUUUCAGAGCUAGAGCAGGUCUUCCGGACAAUGCAGAAAGGGCAGAAUGUGGGUAAGCUGGUUGUCACACAUGGUCGCGAGGAUACGGUCAAGGUUAUACCACGGGUGUCUCCUGUAGUCCGAUUGCGACCAGACGCUACCUACCUCGUCAUCGGUGGCCAGGGUGGCCUUGGGCGGGCACUCAUUGUUUGGAUGGCAAAGUGCGGUGCUCGGUGCAUCGUUUCUUUGUCUCCUUCGGGUGCUGAGAAACCUCUCACGCGUGGUCUCAUUGAGGAGCUGGCAGAGAUGAGGGUGGAAUUUCACGCGAUCUCAUGUGACAUUGGGGAUCGCCAUCACCUCCAGACUGUUUUGGCCGAAACUAUGAAGGGUCUACCUCCUAUUCACGGCAUCAUUCAUAGUGGGCUGACGCUCAAGGACUCCAGUUUCGACAAUAUGACACUCCAAUCUUUCCAGCAGGUGCUACAGCCUAAGGUGGUGGGCACUUACAAUCUUCAUGAGUGCCUUCAGGACCAGCCGCUCGACUUCUUCAUCAUGCUUUCAUCCUAUGUUGGGUUGCUCGGCAGCACCGGACAGGCUAAUUAUGCCGCAGCGUCCACCUUCCAAGAUGCCUUUGCGCGCUGGCGGACGAGUCUCGGAAAGCCCACAUAUUCACUUGAUCUGGGAACUGUUCGAGGCGCUGGAUACCUUCAUGAGAACCCUGAAGCGUUGUCCCACUUUGAGAAGAUGGGUCUCGGUGGAAUUCCCCUCUCUGCGCUACACGCUCUUGUUGGCUACACCAUGUCCAAUCCUCCACCUCAUUAUUCUGACAGCCAGAUUUCCAUCGGAUGGGCACCACCGACUACAUGGACCCCAGCCCAAUACGCUGCCCUGGAUCCUCUUGUGUCGCACCUGUGUUUAUCACCGGCGGACCCAAUCGACAAGGACUCACGCAGGGAUUCUGGCAUAUCUAUGCCAGACUCCCAACCUCUUUCUCAAGUUCUGUCCCAGUGUCAGACCCCGAAGGAGCGAACCUCUGUCAUUAUUGAAGCACUGACGGCCCAGAUUGUCGGCAUCCUCGGAGUCGCAGCAGAGGAUGUCAAUUCCGGGAAAUCGAUUGGAGAUCAUGGAGGUGACUCACUGGUAGCCAUUGAAUUCCGCAACUGGUUCCGCAAGGAGAUCGGUUGUACGUUUACCACGGACCAGGUGACGAACCAGCUUUCGGUGCAGCAACUGGCCGUUCAAGCUGCUAGUUGA